CAUCCAUCGGCGGCGCGGGCGCGGGCGCGGGCGCAGGGACCGGCCUCGGCCGGGGCGGCGGGGCCAUGAAGGUGUUCGUGGGCAACGUGGACGGGUCGGACACGACGCCGGAGGAGCUGGCGGCGCUCUUCUCGCGCUUCGGCACCGUCAUGAGCUGCGCCGUCAUGAAGCAGUUCGCCUUCGUGCACGUGCGCGAGGCGGCCGGCGCGCUGCGCGCCAUCGAGGCCCUGCACGGCCACGAGCUGCGGCCGGGCCGCGCGCUGGUGGUGGAGAUGUCCCGCCCGCGGCCCCUCAACACCUGGAAGAUCUUCGUGGGCAACGUGUCGGCGGCCUGCACCAGCCAGGAGCUGCGCGGCCUCUUCGAGCGCCACGGGCCCGUCAUCGAGUGCGACGUCGUCAAAGACUACGCGUUUGUUCACAUGGAGAAGGAAGCGGAUGCCAAAGCCGCCAUCGAGCAGCUCAACGGCAAGGAGGUGAAGGGCAAGCGCAUCAACGUGGAGCUCUCGACCAAAGGCCAGAAGAAGGGGCCCGGCCUGGCCGCCCCGCCCGGGGACAAGACCAAGAAACCGGGGGCUGGCGACGCCGCCUUCCCCGGGGCGGGCGGCUUCUCGGCCCCCUUCGAUUACCAGCAGGCCUUCGGCAACAGCGGCGGCGGGCCGGACGGGCGGCCCCGGCAGCCCUCCCCGUCCUUCUUCGGGCGGGACCGCAGCCCCCUGCGCCGUUCGCCGCCCCGGGCCUCCUACGUGGCCCCGCUGACGGCCCAGCCGGCCGCCUACCGGGCCCAGCCCUCGGUCUCGCUCGGGGCGGCCUACCGGGCCCAGCCCUCGGCCUCCCUGGGCGUGGCCUUCCGGACCCAGCCCGGGACGGCUCAGGCGGCCUCCUACCGGGCCCAGCCCUCGGUCUCCCUGGGGGCCCCGUACCGGGCCCAGCUGGCGGCCGCCGCCGCCGCCGCCGCCUCCUCCCUGACUAGCCCCGGCUCCCAGCCCAACGCGAAUUCCUCGCUGGGCUCCUACGGGGGGGCGCAGCCGUCGGCCCCGGCCCUCUCCUCCUACGGGGGCGCCCAGCCCUCUUCCGCCGCCGCCGUCGCCGCCGCCGCCUCGUCCCUGGCGUCGUACGGGGCCCAGGCCUCCUCCCUGGCCUCCUACGGGGCCCAGGCCGCCGCCGCCGCCGCCUCCUACGGGGCCCAGGCCGCCGCCGCCUCCUCCCUGACCUCGUACGGGGCCCAGGCGGCUUCUUACGGGGCCCAGGCCUCGGCCUACGGGGCCCAGGCGGCCUCCUACGGCGCCCAGGCCGGCGCCGCCUCCUACGGGGCCCAGCCGGCGGCGGCCGCCUACGGCGCCCAGGCCGCCCCGUACGCGGCGCAGGCCGCGGCCUCCUACUCGGCCCAGCCGGCCGCCUACGCCGCCCAGUCGGCCUACGCGGCCCAGCCCGCCGUGGCCGCCGCCUACGCCGCCCAGGCGGCCGCCCCCGCGGCCGGCUCCUACGGGGCCCAGCCGGUGGCGGCCGGCCAGCUGGGCGCCUACGGGGCUCAGGCCGCCUCGGGCCUGGCCGGCUCCUACGGGGCCCAGCCGGCGGCGGCCACGGGCUCCUACGGGGCCGCGGCCGCCUACGGGGCCCAGCCGGCGGCCGCCCCGGCCGCCCCCUACCGGGGCCAGAUGGCCGCCCCCUACCGCGCCCAGGCCUCGGCCCAGCUGGCGUCGUCCUACGCCGCCCAGCAGCAGCCGCAGCAGCAGCAGCCGCAGCCGCCGCCGCAGCCCCAGGCCGCCGCUUACCGGGGCCAGCCGGGCGCUGCCUACGACGGGACGGGCCAGCCCGCCGCCGCCGCCUACCUGUCCCUGUCCCAGGGGGCCCUGGCCGGCGCCGCCACCAGCACCCCGCCGCCCUACGAGCGCACCCGCCUCUCCCCACCCCGCGCCGGCUACGACGACCCCUACAAAAAGGUCUCCAACCUGGCGAAAAGGUAUGGUUCCGACCGGCGUUUAGCCGAGCUCUCUGAUUACCGCCGUUUAUCAGACUCGCAGCUUGCGUUCCGCCGCUCGCCGACAAAGUCCUCGCUGGAUUACCGUCGCCUGCCCGAUGCCCAUUCCGAUUACGCCCGCUACUCGGGCUCCUAUAACGAGUACCUGCGGGCGGCUCAGAUGCACUCUGGCUACCAGCGCCGCAUGUAG